CUCGCGCUACGCCUUCCAAGCAAGCACCCCUCAUUGACCAGUGUAUCGCAUCAUCAUCUGCUGCAAUGGCCCAACAAUACAAAGCUUUGACAUCGGAACAGGUCGACUUCUUCAUGGAGAAUGGCUAUGUAGUCAUCAAGCAGGCGUUUACACGGGAGCAGGCUGCGGAUUUCACGAGAGAGAUGUGGGUUCGUUUGGGAAUGGAGCCAAACGACAAAUCAACAUGGAACCAGGAGCGCAUUCAUAUGCCUGUGACCAAACGAGUUCGUGUGAGCGAAUUCGCGCCUAAGGCCUGGGAAGCUAUCACGGACCUGUGCGGCGGUGAAGACCGCAUCAACGUCGAAGCCUCAACCUGGGGUGACAGCUUCAUCGUUAACUUAGGCACGCCCGAGCUUGAAGGCGCGAAACCUCGCGAGGCGCUCGAGCUCGACAACUGGCAUGUCGACGGCGACUUCUUCGUGCACUUCAUUGACUCGCCCGAACAAGCACUGCUGGUCAUCCCGCUCUUCUCCAGCAUCGCGCCCGGCGGCGGCGCGACGUUCAUCGCGACGGACGGCAUCGACAUAAUCGCGAAAUACCUCGCGGCGCACCCCGAGGGCGUCAUCCCCGAGGACCGCACCUUCCGCCCGGCGUACCUCCAAGGCACGGCCGACCAGUUCAGGGAUUAUCCCGGCUUCUGGUCGCACCUUGAAGAGAUCAAGAGGUGCGAGAAGUUCGUUGAGCUCACGGGCGAGACGGGUGAUGUCGUGCUCAUGCAUCCGCUCAUGAUGCACUCGGCGUCGAAGAACGUCCUACGCGUGCCGCGGGUGAUCACCAACCCGCCCGUGAGCGUGCGCAAGCCGUUCAACUUCAACCGCGACGACCCGAACGAGUACAGCUUGGUCGAGCGCAAGACCCUCAAGGCGCUCGGCGUGGAUCGUCUCGACUUCAAGCCAACGACGGAGAGGAGAGAGGUCGUGCCGAAAAGGGUGAUGAUUCAAAGGGCGAUGCUGGAGGUGGAGAAGAAACGAUUGGAGGAGAUGAGGCUGAAGAGCGCUCAGGCGAGCCCCGCUUCGCAACCUGUACCUGUGGCUGUCGCUUGAAGGCAUGUUACAAUUGUAUUGUCUGCGUUGACCCACCACUACACCUCAGCAUGUACAUGAACUCGAUUGUUCGUCUUUGGGACGGAAACCCAUUU